AAAUCAAAGAACGCAUCUACACAUCCACGGGAAGCACAGCGCCUUGACCCAUUCAAGAACUAUCCCGCCUCCUUUUUUCACGGAAACCUAGCCCUUUGGAAGAAAAAAACAUAAAAAAAGAGUCGUUCAUUAUCCCAGUCCGUGGUUUUAUCAUAUGACGGAAAGCAGAGCAUUUGCGGCCAUGGUCUCGUCGCCGACAAAAGGCGGCCUGACCUCGGCUCCUUCGAAAUCCGCUUCCUCUUUUCGUUUCCCCACCUCCCUCCCUACCACCACCUCCUCUUCUCCUUCCGCUUCAUUGGACACUCACGCAUCUCCCUCGACCUUUCAGCAGCUUUUGUCAUAUCUUCCGUUCCUGUCAUCCUCCUCUUCCAGCCGAUCGACACCUAGCAUCAAUUCCUCACGUCCGCACACCUCCUCACGCCCUUGUUGUUCAGCUCGAACCUGUUUGUCCUACUGUUGUUCAACCCCGGAGACGCUAAAGUCUUUUUCACACUCGGGGCCCUCUUCUACAGUCAAUCUUCGGCCAAAGAACUACUAUUCUAAGCGACAGCGAUUUAUAUCGAGCAGUCAGCACGCCCAUUCCAUGUUUUUGCCGACAUCGUCUGCUUCUCAUUCGGACAGCGGGAGCGACAGGGACGAACUGCAGCAACUAGAUUCAUCUUUUGAAUCACUCCAGCGACAUUCACCACUUUACAGGCGCUCACGUUCUGCAAGUACAAAUAACUCAGCGACAAUAACCACUACCACAAUAACGACCACUACCACGACUACAGCAAGGCCCAGAUCCUCGACCCACUCUAUGGCGCCUUCACCGGAUUUGUCGCCUGCGGAGACCAACACGACGAUACCCGGAAACAAAAGUCGACGACCUGCGCUCGGAUUAGUCGCGGAUGGACCCUAUCUGUUUCUGUUCGACGUUGCCCUGUCUCUUUACUACCCUAUUCGAGCGUUGAUCCUCUUUGUGCUCGGCUUUGUCUUCUCACUGAUCAUUGACCACCUACAAACUCAACACCAGCUCGUGGAAUAUCCAAGCAACGUGCCUCAUCUCUGGGACACAGCCUCGUGGCUUCCUCCGACCUGUGGAGCGUCCGCGGUCCUGAUCGGCACUAUUUAUCCACUCGGGGAUUACCUCUGGUGGGGCAGACGCGUCCGGCGCAACGGUCGGGACUGGUCCAGUGUUAUGAGAUGCUUGGGUGGAUUCAUUGGCGUGAACUAUGCAGCAUCGAAGCUGCCGAUGACUAGCAGUCUGCAGGUUUCCUGCACGCUGGCGUUGAUUUCGGUGGCACUCUGGUUCCUCUUUGACAGGACGGUCCAUGGGUUUGUGAUCUCGCUGACAGUUGCAUCCAUGGGGACGACGGUUGCGUAUUUCUUGGUCCUGAAUGGCUGGUAUAGGUAUGUGCUUUUUAUUGCUUGUUUGUGGUUUUUUAUUAUUAUGAUCCGCAUCUCCUUUGUCCUCCGGGGUGAGCAUUUUUUUUAUUUCAUUUUAUGCUGCAUCCCUCGGGCAUGCAACGACCAAGGCGGCCCCUCGAAGACUGGGUCUUGGAUGCAUUUUUUUUUCUCGAUUCUGGAGUGCGUCAGCCGUGAACUUCGGUGCCAUGGUUCACUUGUUCGGUUCCUGGAAGAUUACAUAAAGAAAAAGGAAUACUGUCUUGGAGUUGACAACUGAACUAAUACAACUUUGUUCUCUUGAUCGCUGUAGCUUUACGCGGGCAGACUUUUUUGGCGUCGGAUCAUGGAUUCCUUGUAUUUUAUACUCGUCCUCGGUCUGUUUUGGAAGCAUUGGCAGGCAGUUGGACGUUGUUCCUGAGGCAUGGUAUUAUUCCAACGGCACCAAUCGGAUUCAUGCAAAGUCAGAGUAAUCGUCAGAACCUCGAGCAAAAAAAAAAACAAAGAAGAUCAAGGACAGGAAUUCAGAUGCAAUGAAAGGACAUGAUAUCGAGCCGGAUUGAGGCAUCCGCCUAACAUUCACAAUCAGCGACAUGCCAUGCACGCUUAUACAUCAACAUUGUAC